CGCGCCUCCUCGGCGGCGCCUGGCGGAGCGGCGGGGCCGCGAGGCGGCCGGAGCCCGAGCCCGAGCGCCGGGAGCGAGCCCCAAUGGCCGCCGCCUCGGCCGCCGUGGACGAGCUGUCCCGGAACUUCACGUACGGGGCGCUGGGCGCCGGCAACGGCUCCCUGUCUGGCGCGUGGUACCGCAGGAACCAGAUUCACCUUUUUGGAGUUUUGCUGGCCAUUUUAGGAAACCUGGUAAUCAGUAUUUCCCUAAAUAUUCAGAAAUAUUCUCAUGUCCAGCUGGCACACCAGGAACACCCACGGCCAUACUUCAAGAGCGUGUUGUGGUGGGCUGGGGCCGUGCUCAUGGCCUUUGGGGAGACGGGCAACUUUGCAGCCUAUGGAUUUGCCCCCAUUACUCUCAUUGCACCGUUGGGCUGUGUGUCUGUUACAGGUAGUGCCAUUAUUUCUGUUAUGUUUCUGAAAGAAAAUUUAAGAGCUUCAGAUUUAUUAGGUAUGACAUUGGCAUUUGUGGGAACAUAUUUAUUGGUGAACUUUGCUCCAAAUAGAACUCAGCCUAUCUCUGCAAGAACAGUACAGUAUUACUUUGUUGGCUGGCAGUUCCUGAUCUAUGUGAUUUCAGAAAUAUUACUUUUCUGCACCCUCCUCUAUUUCCAUAAGAGAAAAGCCAUGAAGCACAUGGUGAUUCUGCUGAGCCUGGUGGCACUCCUAGCCUCAUUGACUGUUAUUUCAGUAAAAGCAGUCUCAGGCAUGAUCACUUUUUCUGUGACGGAUAAAAUGCAACUAACUUACCCCAUCUUCUAUAUCAUGUUUAUCAUCAUGAUAGCGUCUUGUGUUUUCCAAGUCAAGUUCCUGAAUCAAGCCACGAAGCUCUACAACACAGCAAUGGUGGUGCCCGUUAACCAUGUUUUCUUUACGACCAGUGCCAUUAUCGCAGGUAUCAUAUUUUAUCAGGAAUUCCUUGGUGCAGCUUUUCUUACCGUAUUUAUAUAUAUAUUUGGGUGCUUUCUGUCAUUCCUUGGUGUGUUUUUGAUCACAAGAAAUCGAGAAAAGGAACAUCUGUCACAGUCUUACAUUGAUUUUGGAAAUAUUCCUGGGAAACAAACACUGGACAAAAUACAACCAGAUUCCAAUGGCUUAUCCUAUGGAACUUUGCCUGAUGGAAGUGACUCAACACAGAGCCAAAGUGGAGAGAAGAAAGAGGUCUAAAAUGCUGAGAGGGAUGGCUUCUGGCCUGUUAUUCGAUACCACCUUUGAAAAAAAAAAAAAAAA